GUUCGAUAUCGGGAAAGGAUAACCAUUCUUCGCGGCAACCACGAGUCACGUCAGAUCACCCAGGUUUAUGGUUUCUAUGAUGAAUGCUUGCGCAAAUAUGGAAAUGCUAAUGUAUGGAAGUACUUUACGGAUUUGUUUGACUACCUACCCUUGACAGCAUUAGUCGACAGUCAAAUAUUCUGCCUACAUGGUGGCCUAUCACCAUCCAUAGACACACUGGAUCACAUUAGAGCACUUGACCGGCUGCAGGAAGUUCCACAUGAGGGUCCCAUGUGUGAUCUCCUCUGGUCUGAUCCUGAUGACCGUGGUGGCUGGGGCAUUUCCCCACGAGGAGCUGGGUAUACCUUUGGCCAGGAUAUAUCCGAGACCUUCAACCACUCAAAUGGUCUUACGUUGGUGUCACGAGCCCAUCAGUUGGUUAUGGAGGGCUAUAACUGGUGCCAUGAUCGCAAUGUUGUAACAAUCUUUUCUGCGCCAAACUAUUGCUAUCGGUGUGGCAACCAAGCAGCCAUUAUGGAGCUUGAUGACUCUCUCAAGUAUUCAUUCCUCCAGUUCGACCCUGCACCAAGGAGAGGAGAGCCCCAUGUUACACGACGCACGCCAGACUAUUUCCUGUAGAAAUGCAUGCUAUCACUUAUACUACUAUCAAGAACGCAGUUACUGUUGCCAGAGUGCUCAGUCUGUGUUGACAUUAUUAUUAGUAGUAUAUAUAUAAUAUAGAUAUUUUUCAUUUUUAUUAUUAUUACAUUUCUUAGUUAUGAUUAUUUAUUAUGGUUAUUUUUACUUUCAUUAUAUGAAAAUAUUCAUAUGGUUGAGCACCAUUCUCUGGAAAUAUUCCAAGUGACCAUAAACACUUCUGAUUUUAUUGUAGCAGUGAUGUCAGAACAUUUUUCAGAGUUGAAGAAAUAGUCAUGAUUAUUUGUAGUCAAGCUGGUCAGGAACUUCAAAGGUGAUUACUUUUUUAUUAAACGAAACUGCAGGCUCAGUUGCUACUAUAUAAACUUUCUUGUCAAGUGCAGGUGACUGUACAGUGUCAGUUUCAAGGUCUGUCCACUUGUGAUGACAAAGGACUGGCUGCUGUAAUCUAUUGCUAAUGCUAGUACAAGGUGAGGCAGUGGUUGUCAUUCAUUUCCAGUAUUUCACAGAAUUUCAUUUUGGAAGUCCAAUAAAGCAAAUUAGUCACUAAACUCACAUGGAAGUAGCUUUUAUAUUUGAUAAACCACUUUGAGUUUCUUCAGUAUACUUAUUGUUAUCAUUGUCAUUGUGAUUCCAAUUAAUAAUGCUAUGAAUAUUAUUUUUCAUUAUCAUUAUCCUGCAGUCUUUAUUAUUUCAAAGGUAUUAUUUAUAUAUGCUUUGUUAUUUUGAAAUUUGGUCACAUGCACAGUUUUAGGUCAAUACAUGAGAUAUCAUCAUAGACUGCUAUAUAUAUACAUAUAUAUGUAUGUGCAGUGAUAUUAAGGUGGAACAAGCUGUGAAAAUCAGUGCAUUAAAGGGAAUGAUGAAAAAUUGCCUAUCUCCUCACACACAAACCUUAUGUUGCUACCAAUUUGCAGUUGAACUAUUACUCACCAUUUCAGCAAUUGAAGGUCAGCAUUUUGCGACCAGGUUUUCCAGUCUAUGCCUCCACUCAGCUUAUGCAUUUCUAGGUUGUUCUUGCCAUUUUAGUACUGCCAACUUUUUUUAUAAAGAAUUAUUUAUCCUUAAAAUGUAUACAUAGUCUUCAGCUCUGUAUAUGUCAGUGGAGACAUUGGUUUUGGAUUACCUUAUUUAUUAUUGUAAGUGCAGACCAAGUGAGUAGCCAAGGCCUAAGUAAGGUGUGUAACAGUACAUCAAAGGUUACAUUUUUAAGUUUUGAGCAGAUCUUGUUACGUGUAUAAUAAUGAUAGGCUUCAGCAGUUUACCCUUCAUAUCAGACCUGCAUAAAUGAUUCAUGUAUGUCAUUGUUUUCAAACAUUUCAGGAUUUAGUAAGAGUAAUUUAGUAUUAACCUCUUCUCUUUAGGACCAGAGAAUCAUAUUUCUGUUUAUUAUUUCAUGUAGAGUGUGAGAGGUUAGGUAAAUGAGCACAACUGUCAAGAUAUGAGUAUCAUUGAGGUACCUAGUACAAUGCCAUUUAUUGAAGGCAAGUGCUUCAUCACUUACAUAAUCUUAUCUUCCUUUCCAUAUUCUUUAAAGUGAGGUAGGUUGCUUAAAAAAUAUUGUAUGAAAGAAUCAUAGUUGCAGCCAGAACAUUUGGAGGGUUACUGUAUUUCAUUCAUAAACAUUGAUUCUUUGAUACUUAUCCUUCAUAUUUCUUUUCACUUGUCUGUGUUGAAUACAUUACUCGUGGAAUCCCCAUUUUCUGUGGUUUUAUUCCAAUUGCUGCUCAUCCUGUGUUAGUCACAUUAACCAUUAUAACCUGUCGUGAGAGACACUUCUCUCAGUAUCAUAUUGAGCAAGUGAAUGUAACUUGUAUAAACAGCAUGGUUAAAUGUGAACAGUUGUAACAAAAUACUUAGUUCUACAUCAAUAAAGUCAAAGAGACAAAA